AUGAAAUCAUCCGAUAUAGGCACAGUCGAUAUAUCAGAGCAUCAUAAACCUAUGUAUGGCUCUGAGUUAUCUUUUAGCAAACUUGCAACCCCCGUUCAGAAAGCUAUCCUUGAAGUCGAACACGACAUGGUGCUAUUUGGAACAAAAGCUGUCAAUGCCGAAGAUCUUGUCAAGUAUCCUACAUCAGAAGAGAUUCAUAGCUCGACUUCUUACUUUACUUCAUUAUUUUCAAAUCUUGCAAGUCUUCAACAUCUCAAGGUUGAUCGAAACCUUGCUGCCUGUUUUUCAAAUUGCAAGAACCUCAAGAGGCUUGUUCUAAGUUACGUGCGUGGAAUAGAAAUCUUGCAGGGAAGUUGUACAGGACCUCCGAAUUUAGUCGAUCUCGUGAUUAGAAAUUGUCCCGGCCUGAAAUUACCACAUAUACCUCAAUUGAUCAGUUCUUGGGCACCUCACCUAACACAUUUCACACUGAAAUUAUAUGAAUAUGAGGAUCCCUCCCUACGUGAAGACAUUUUGGACUUCGACCCUAGGCGCAAUCAAUUUUAUCUUCUGGGGUUGACACAUCUCACUAUACAGUCUCAUUCCAAAUCCCACUAUAUCCAGUGUUUUUCAUCUUGUAAAAACCUUGUUCAACUCACAUUCGUUCUCUGUACCAGCACCACAGAAGAAAUGCCAGAUGGACAGGCAGAUGAACUGUCAGCAGUCUCAGACUUCAUUACCACAAAUGAAUUCCAUAGGCUCCAGAAGAUAGUUUUGAUAAAAACAGACCAGAAUCCAAUUGACUCGGUUUCAGCUUCUGCACUCUUUCCAUUGGAAGAAUUUUGCAGGUCUAAGGGUAUCAAAUUAAGUGGUUUUUGA